GAGGGUGUCUUCCUGGUGGAGUCUGGUCUUGGGACUUCUGCAUCGCCCGAACUGGGUGGCAUUUUUUUGCAGAAGCUUCAUAGCUUCAUCUCGAGCCUGCAAGAGGAGCACCGGAAGCCUGAUGAGGAUGGGGAGAUGGCAGAUGAGAAGCAUCUCACAAUGGCCAUCACGCUGAAAGGGAGUGUCAUCACCGAGGCCAUUCUACGUGGCUUUAAG